CGAUACAGUAAGAACGUACUGAAUCACUUCCGGCCGGUGUGUCACCGGAAGAACGUUGCGAUUGGUUAAGGCGAACCCAGAGGGAGGCUCGUCUCUCAGCCGUGUCGUCGUCUAGCGGUUCAGUGCCGAGAUUUUUUUAGUUUUUCUUGUUCGACCGCACGCACUCUUCUUUCUUCCGGCACAUGCGUAGUGACGGCGACGUCAUUGACGCCAGACUAAAUUACCGCCAAAUGUGCGACGGCUGCCAGGGGCCAGUACGGUCGGGGCCAAAUUUUGCUGACCUUUUUUCCAGAACCUUAACGUACCUGAAAUGUUUUUUCGUAAGUCCACCGAUAAUUUAUCCAACCUCGCUUGCAGCCAAGAGCUAGCAGCUGUGGCCGCCGCGUGUGUUUCGUGUGUGCCGGUUUUAUUUUUUCUUCUUCUUCUGGCACGCAUGCAAACGUCAACGUGGAAAGGAUUGAGAGUGUUUUGGCCAGCUGGUGCUGCUGCCGUCGAUAAACCGGAUUAUUGAGGUGCGGUAGACCGAUUUCGGUGCAGUGCGUUUGUCGCAGCGAUCCCGUGCGUCCCAGUAGGCUGUGCGGGUGCGUACGGCAGAGCCUCAGCGAGAGUCGAGACCCGUAGAUAAGAUCUAGAUAGCAUCUCGCUGGGGGGUGUGUUGCUGCUGACUCGUGGUUACGACGACGACGACGGCGACGAAGGCGACGUACAACCUUGUCGCCGGUAGCGGUAUUCGUGCAUCGUAAGCACCGCCGCGUCACCAGCGGCCGAUAUUCGAGCUCAGCAGUGGUUACCGGUUUGUUGUUGAGUCGUCGUACUCGUUCCUCGUCUGGCGACCAAAGAACAUUUCCUCAGCGGCCGUGCGUCGUCGUCGUCGUCGUCGUCUGCGAUAACGAGUUCCCAGUGUUGAAGGAAUGUCGUCGUCAUCGUCGUCGCGUCUGAGUCAGCGUCGUCGGCAAGCCGGACCGGUGGCCGAGAGUUAAAUUUGCAACACCCCCUACAUCCCUCACUCAAUUCUCAAUCCUCAGCCGACACACGUGCACAUUAUGCAACGUGCGUGAACGAAAGCUGGUCGGUACGUAACACGCCCGCGACAACGACGACGACUCUCGUGAGAAGAACGCCGCACGAACCGCUGUGCCGUGCCGUGGCUCGUCCGGAAGGGGCCAACCGUUCAGCGAUAAUCGUCGUUUGCUCGUGACUGGGUGCAGCAGACCACCACCGGCGUGUCGGACGGAACGAUGGCUGCGUUACAACGUAGCAAAUUGAUCGGUGUCAUCGACGAAGGCACCAACAGUGCCCGCUUUGUGAUAUUUAAAGUUCCGGAGUUUGAGGAGCUCUGUUCGCAUCAGGUACGCAUUACACAGAUAGUGCCGCGGGAUGGCUGGUCGGAGCAAGACCCACGGGAAGUGCUGGAAGCGGUGCGGCUCUGUAUGGCCGAGGCCUGCUGUCAGAUGGAAAAGCUUGGCUUCCUGGUGAAGGACAUUUCCGCGAUCGGUAUCACGAACCAGCGAGAAACGACGGUUGUCUGGGAUAAGAACACUGGUGAACCGCUAUAUAAUGCAAUCGUUUGGAACGACAUACGGACAGCGGAAAUGAUAGACGGGGUUUUGGCGCACCAGCCCGAUCAAAGUCCUAGCAACUUUCGCACCAUCUCGGGUCUACCGAUUUCCCCGUACUUUUCGGCACUCAAGCUGAAAUGGUUGAAGGAAAAGGUGGUAGGAGUGCGGAAGGCAUGCCGUGAAAAGCGGUGCUAUGCGGGUACUAUCGACACCUGGUUGCUAUGGAAUUUGACCGGUGGCACCAAUGGUGGAUCGUUUAUGACCGACGUCACGAAUGCUUCCCGCACGAUGCUGAUGAACAUCGAAACACUACACUGGGACCCGCAGUUGACGAAAUCGUUCUCCGUGCACCCGGACAUGCUGCCUGAGAUCCGCAGCUCAUCGGAGAUCUAUGGGUACAUCAAGGAUAACUCGGUGCUCGAUGGCAUUCCAAUUAGUGCCAUACUGGGCAACCAGCAGGCCAGUCUGGUCGGGCAAAGGUGUUUGAAGGAGGGUCAGGCCAAAAAUACCUACCGGAGAGGUUGUUUUUUGCUGUACAAUACUGGCACGAGGUGUGUCCAGUCACAGCACGGGCUUGUUACGACGGUGGCCUACAAGAUGGGUCGGGAUGAACCUCCGGUAUACGCUUUGGAAGGCUCAGUGGCCGUCGCCGGUGUGGCAAUGAACUGGCUUAAGGAUAAUCUCGAAAUGAUCAAGGACAUUCCAGUUGACUCGGAGAAGAUUGCUGGCAGCGUCUCAUCCACGGGCGACGUUUACUUCGUACCUGCGUUCACCGGGUUGUAUGCUCCCUACUGGCGAAAGGAUGCCCGAGGCAUCAUUUGUGGUUUAACCAGUUUCACUACCAAGCAUCACAUCGUCCGGGCUGCCCUGGAAGCGGUAUGCUUCCAAACGCGAGAUAUUAUCGAGGCUAUGAAAAAAGACUGCGGCAUAAACCUUAACAAGCUACACGCUGACGGUAAUAUGUCGAACAAUGGACUAUUGAUGCAACUGCAGGCGGAUCUGAGCGGCAUUCCUGUGUUGAAAACGGAAGUGCAUGAUCCCGCUGCCCUCGGUACGGCUAUGGCUGCGGCUCAGGCAAAAGGCAUCGACUUGUACAACCUGAACGCGGACAGUCGAGGUUACACGGGAAUACAUUCACACCAUGAGACGUUCCUUCCUACGACGACGGAGGAGGAACGGAAUGCCCGGUACACUAAGUGGAAAAUGGCCGUUCAGCGGAGUUUAGGAUGGGCAGUGACGAAGAAGAGCGAGGCAAUGACGGAUGAACGAUACAGCUUACUGGCUUCGAUACCAGCCGGCCUGUUCCUGGCGUCAGCGUUCAUAAUGCUCGUUCUCUCGGAACGGCGGUGAUUGAUGCAUAUGAUGAUGUGUAGCCAGGAAGAACCUAGUCUAUUGUUCAAUAUGACCACAAAACUGCACAAUUUUCAUCUAGAAAAUGAAAACAGCAGGAUUUUAUUGGACAAUGCCGAACCGGACGGUGCUAUUAAAGUGGCAGCACAACUGAUACCUUAAGAGAUACACAGCUGAUCGUACAAUAAAAGUACUUAGGAAACGUUCCCACGAGCAGCAGUCCAGUCUGAAGGAUCGAUUCAGGAUAGAUAGAACUGGUGCACAAGAGAAACAAAUAUUCCAGGUAAAUCCGAUUAUUACCUUAAACGUGAGAUGGUAAUAAUUUAUGAUGCUGGGCUAAACCCGUGCUAAAAUGAACCUAGCUAGCGUAGUAUAAAGUUGUUUGUUAUUGCUUUCCGGGGAGAUGGUUUAGAGUUGCUUGUUUAACAUAUUUAUUAGCUGUUUUCGUUACUUUAUACAAGAGUGUAAUAAUUAGUUUUACACAGGGCACAACUCCAACUGAAGACAUUUGAAUAUAAGUAUCAUGUUACGAUGAUAUGCACUGUAUUAAACUAGCUCCAAUAAAAUAA